AUGGGGGGAGUUCUAUUGGCAGCGAAUGGACAAGCCAGUGAAGUCGCAUCCGUGUCAAAAUUUACUAAGCAAGCACAGGGGGAUUUCGGUUUACCAGUCAUCUUGGCAAAUACUGCUACAUGCAGUCCGACAGGCCCUGCAGCAGCUGCCGCCGCGGGCCCAACCAACCUGACGCUGUCCGAGAACCGGCUCAAGAUUACUCUGGCAUGUGCCGCAGAAAACGCCCAGGCGGUCCCAAAGGAUCUCACGGAGGUCUGUCAAGAACAGAUUACAGGCGUGAGAGAGGCUGGUGAAAAGUGCAAAAUCGGGGAAAAAACGUCAGGCAAACCAGUGUCAUUGGCAUCCGUCCUCGCGGCGGGCAGUGAAGCGACCUGGCAGCCAAACGCUUCUCGUGAGGGAAACCCAGGACACUCGUGGACGCUGAGCCUGCGCAAAGAGGAACUGCCUCUAGUUGAUAAGAGCUUCUACGUCGGUUGUGUGAAGUCCCCGGACGGUGGAGCCUCGCAGUGCAAAGUCACCGUCGAUGUCUUGGCAAGACGUUCAUCCGCCGAAAACAACAUUGUCACCUGCGCCUACGGGGCGAACAGCAAUGAUGCCGUCGUGUCUGUGGAGAUGACGCAGAAGCACAACACACUGAAGAUAGUGUGUGGGAAGGAAGGCGCGGUCCACCAGAACGAUUACGCUUCUAAGUAUUGCGAGAACGGAGACAUGAAGGAGUGCACCAAACCCUACAGUGAUAUUAUAUCUAACUUUGUAGAAACAUGGUGGACGAAGGUUGAUGAUAAGGACAACUCCGUGAAGUUGACAAUUCCUCCUACUGAGUUUCCCACCCAGGACCAGUCGUUCUAUUUUGGCUGCGCACGCACGGAAGGCAACGCCCAACAGGCGGGGGGCUCACUCGAAGCGCAGGCAGCAAGCGGCGAGCAGGAGGCUAAGACGAAAACAUGCAAGGUUCUGGUGACUGUGAAAGCAUCCGAUUCGUCUCUGUCGGGAGGACCACUUCUGGGAAUGACAGCUGCAGCCUCCGGCGUGGCUGUGUUGGCAGGACUUGUUGCUGGCACCUUGUGA